AUGCCCAACUAUGAUUUUAAAACUGGCAUGAUUCAACUCCUUCCUGGUAUUGAGGAUUCUACCGUGUGUGUCUGGGGAGCAAUAGUCCCCUGGUUGGACUACUCAUUCCCUAGCCAGAUGAGUAUUGAGAAUUCUGCCAUGUGGCCUAAUAAAACAAUUCCUGUGUUGGAUUGUUUCCCCUGGGACAAUAAUUUGGGAAUUGUUCCAAGUACGAGGGAGAUACUGUCUAAAUUUCGGCCAUGGCACGGUUUUGAUGUUUUGCACCAUGCCAAGGCAAGCCAAGGGUGUGUGGGAGGUGCACUCGUAAAGCAAGACAAGGUCGGAAGACAUGUGUUUUGGGCUGGGAAUUGGCAGCCAAGACAUGGUAGGAGCGCAGCGCAGCACACAAGGAAGGUAGCGCAGCGUGCAAGGCAAGCUGCACAGUGCAAGGCAGCGCUCAAUGCGCAAGGCAGAUUGCACAGUGCACGAGGGCAGAUUGUGCUGGACGUGGGCAAAACGGUUUUUGAGCAGUCCAUGGGUGGUUGGACGUGGCUAAAGGUGCUUACUUGA